AUGGCUAUAUGUAGUAUUAAUGCUUCAGGAUCAGAGUAUAUAGUUAUUGGUGUUGAAAGAAAUAGAACACUUAAAACACUUAUGGUAAGAGAUAAUAGAUUGACUGAUAAAGGAGCAGAGUGUAUAUUUAAAGGAUUAUUUUUUGACAAAAUAGAUUUGAAAAGAUGCAAUCUUACAGAUAAAUGUACAUUAGGUUUAUGUAAUAUGAUUAAAUAAAGUACUUAAUUAACAACAUUAUUAUUACCUGAUAAUUACCUGAUAAUGGUUUUCAUGAUUCUUCAGGAAUUUCUGUAUGUGAAGCUAUUAGAGUUAAUUCUUCAAUGUAAUUAUUAUCAAAUACUUAGAUUAAAUAUAGAUAUUUGUGAAAAUCCGUUGAGUUAUAAAUAUAUUGACUAAAUUAAUAAAGUUGUUGAAACCAAUCGAUUGAAAUUUGAAAUUGAUAGAGUUCCGAUGUAUAAAAGAGAAAUUGUUAAACUUAAUAACAUUAUUUAAAUGAAACCAUCCUUAGAAAAAGGUUUAAAUGAAAAUUAGUAAAAAAAAGCAAGAUCUCUUUAAACAUUAGAAAAAGCAAUUGAAGAAAAAAAUAAAGUUAAAAUAGAAUAAAUAUAAAAAACUAGUGAUAUGGAUAUUAGAUUAUAAUAAAUAAUAAAAAUCAAGAUAAUGGAUAUUGAUAAAAUUAAAUUUGAUAAUGAAUCAAAUAUGUAUUUAAUUAAAGUGGAUGAUGAAAUAAAUGAUUAUUAAAAGAAAAUGUCUGAAUCUCAUUAAGUAAUUAAUCGUUUAGAAAAAGAAAUAAGGGGUUUAAAGGAUUAAAGACAUGUUCGUAAAGGUCAAAAGUGAUUCUAGAUUGGAAAUGCUUAGACAAUUAAACAGAGCAGAAGAAAGAGCACUGUAGAGAGCAGAUAUGGAGAAAAAAACAACUGGAAGAAAGGAUAAAGGCUAUAUAAGGAAAAGAAUCCAUUACUAGUAGAAGGAAAACUAAGUAAAAGUCUUAAAUUAUUUAAUAAAAAUAAUGAAUAAAAAAUAUACAUCAUCCAACUUAAAUCCGAAAGUCUUAGACGAUAGAGAUGAAAUUAACUUUGGAACUUCUUUUAUUGACGCUAUCUUGGAUUAAAAACUUUUUGAAUAUUUAACUGCCUUUCUUGAUACUUUGAGUCUUAUUCAUUUUUAGCUAUCAUCAAAAGUAUUCAAGAUCAGACAUUGGAAAAAUUAUUUUAAGAAAGUUAUGUUUAAUAGAUUAUUGAAGCCAUUGGAUCAUAAAUUAAUCUCCUAGUUUAUCAUUGAUCAAAAAUGUGUAUAAUUUAUUUUUUGGGAUUCAGUAAUUGAUUUUAAAAGAUUAAACUUAUAAUAUUCUCAUCAAUACAAGUAUUACUCAUGUCAAUAAACAGUGGAAGCAUCUAAUAUAUAAAAAGAUAUAGAUCGUACAUUUUCAUAACAUUAAUAUUUCAAAUAAAUUCAUAAUAGAUAAAGAUUAUAAAGAAUUCUUAUAGCCUUAUCUAAAAUACAAGAAUAAAUUGGUUAUAUUUAAGGAUUUAAUUAAAUAGCAGGUUGUUUUUUAAUUAAUGGUCUUAAUGAAUAACAGACCUUUUGGAUUAUGUAUUAUAUUUUAAAAAAAAUGAAAUACUCAACAAUAUUCUAAGAUUAAUUUAAUGAACUAAACUUUUUGAAUUUUACAGUGGCUGUUUUUCUAAGGAAUUAUGUACCAUCUUUAUCUAAUGAAUUUGUAAAUCUUAUUACAUAUUUAGUUAUAAAAUAAAAUAGAUAUUGGAAUUAUAACAACUAGAUGGUUUUUAGUGAUUUUUGGCUAUGAUUUACCCUAAUAAUUAGUAAGAAUAUUUAAAUAUUAUAGUUAAUAUAAAUUUGGAAUAUGUUCUUAUUAAAAGGUAUUAAAAUAUUAAUAAGAGCUUCAAUUGCAAUAUUUAAAUUAAUUUCUGAUUUUGAAGGAAUCAAUGAUUUAUAUGAAUUACUAAAAGAUAAUCUCUAUGAUUUAUUAGAAACUAAUGUUUAAUUAUAAUAGAAGUUCAUUGAAUAUUUCUCGAAAAUUAAAAUAACUAAUCGUUUAAUAGAAGAAUUGAGAGAAAAAUUUGAAACUGGAGAUGAAUCAUUAAGUCUUUCAUUUGAUUAAAUCUAAAAAAAGCAUUAUUGGAGAAAAGGUGGAGAUAGUGCUAGAAGUUUAAUUAGCUCAUUUAAUGAAAUCAUUAGUGAAAUUUAAGAAGAGAAAGAUGCAUGUUUUUAAAGAUCUUAGUUGUUUAUGAAUGCUUUUUUCCCAAAGCUUAUAAAUUAAUUAGUAGCUUCAGAAGGUAAAAAGAAUUUAGCCAUUAAAUUUGAAAAGAGACCAUAGUUGAUAAAACGAUAGAUUAUAUCUUAACAAUUUAAAAUGUCUAUUCCAUAAUCUGCUAAUGGAGAUUAAGUAUUAAUUAAAAUUAUAAGGAAUCUAAUAUUUAUGCUGAUGAACUCCAGAGUAGAAUGAGUCCAAAAGAGGAUGAAUCAAUAGAACUUGAAUGCACUCCAGAAAAAAUCUUUAAAUUUUCAAAUAAAAAAAGAUGA